GAAUUGGGACACAGCCUGCAUUCGAUUAUCCUUCCGAAUCGGUUUUCCGAGGAAGUUGCCUAUCGACACGCUUGAAACGCCCCUUUUCCUGGGAGACGCGACCCGCCCACUGCUCCCUGGAACUGCCUCCUGUAUAAAGGCCCUGUGCGCUGGACUUUUCCUUCUGACUCGUGUAGACUGACCAGAGUCCACGAUUCCUCCACGCUCCGCCUGCUGACCUCUGCUCACUCAGCUCUGCUCUGUGUGCAGCACAUUCCAGUUCUGCCUCAACAUGUCUCUGUACAGCUUUGGUCUGGAGCAGCUGUCCGUGCACGCUUGGAACAAGGAGCGCACACAAAUUGCAGUGAGUCCUAACAACAACGAGGUGCUCAUCUAUGAGAAGAAAGGCAAAGAGUGGGUGAAGAUCCACGAGCUGACGGAGCACAGUGGCCGCAUCACUGGUAUUGACUGGGCCCCGGAAUCCAACCGCAUUGUGACAUGUGCUGCAGACCGUAAUGCUUAUGUGUGGACCCUGAAAGAGGGCCAGUGGAAGCCCACCCUGGUGCUGGUGCGCAUCAACCGCGCAGCCACCUGCGUCAAGUGGUCCCCCCAGGAGAACAAGUUCGCUCUAGGCUCUGGAGCUCGCCUCAUCUCCAUCUGCUACUUUGAGAAAGAGAAUGACUGGUGGCUGAGUAAACACAUUAAGAAGCCUAUCUGCUCCACGGUGCUCAGUCUGGACUGGCACCCCAACAACAUCCUGCUGGCAGCGGGCUCAGCAGACCUUCACUGCAGAAUUUUCUCCACCUAUAUUAAGGACAUCGAGGAGAAGCCAGGGCCUACGUCUUGGGGGGUGAAGAUGCCAUUUGGGGAGGUGCUUCUGGAGCACAAAGACUGUGGGGGCUGGGUGCACAGUGUGUCCUUCAGCCCCAGUGGAGACCAGCUGGUGUGGGUGUCUCACAACAGCAGCAUCACAGUGGCUGAUGCCUCCAAGAGUAAGGAGGUGACCACACUGACCACUGACCGCCUGCCUCUGCUGAGUGUGCUCUUCAUCAGUCCCACCGAGAUUGUGGCUGCGGGCCAUGACUGCUGCCCGUACCAGUACUCAUACCAGGGCCCAGGGAGGCUGGAGUUUGUCAAAAAGCUGGACGUGCCCAAGCAGAGCUCUAAGAGCACCAUGUCAGCCAUGCAGCAUUUCCGCAAUCUAGACAAGAAGGCCACUGAGGAGGACAGCAGUGAGCUGAGCACGCUGCACCAGAACAGUAUCACUCAGCUGUGUGUGGUGUCCAAGGCAGGGGGCAGUGUGAGUUUCCUCAGCAGUGUGUCUCUGGAUGGAGCCAUGGUGGUCUGGGAUCUCCAGUUGGAAAGUGUCAACUCCGUCCUUCCAUUCUGAUCCAUUUAACAGUACAGGAGAGAGUUGAAGCCUUGAGUGAGGUCAUUAAGGCAGCUCACAAAUGGAACAAGUAGCUCAGAAGAACAGCCAUGUUUAUCAAAAAGAAAAUCAGAACAAACAUUAUGAAAUUUUGUAUAUCUGUGAGGGUGGACCUCUGGAACAACUGCACAGAAAACCUAAAAUUGUGCACCACUCUCUUCAGUUUAUAAAGAAGUUUAAAUGUUUACCUCUGGGCAGAGUCAUGAAUUAUGAGACUUAAUUUGUGCUGUAGUACUUUGUUGUACUGUUACUGAUUUGUUUGUUUCCUCUUGCUGUAUUUAUGAAUAUGAACUGGUGUCAACAUGACGCUCUGAUAAAGGAAUAAAGGGUUGGCAUAAAAAGCUCAAGCUUCAACCUACAUCUUUUCGGUCUGUGAAUGUUAUAUAUGACUAUAAUAUAAAUAUGUCUAUGAAAUAAUGUCAAAAUAUACCUGUGACCGAAAUAAAUAAAUUAAUAUAAAAGAAA